AUGCUACAUAAGCCUGGAUCAAAGGGCGAGUCAUAUUCACCGUAUAUAGAGAUUGUUGAACAAGAGUGUAUAUCAGUGGAGAGCGCAAUAUUGAACAAUCGCAAUGCCAAUGUACAUAUAGUAGUGAAGAACACAUCGUUCGUACUAAGGUUGCGAAGUGUGGACAUGUCCGUUGUCAACUUUAGCACGUUCCAUGUCAAGGCAGGCUUGUACUACGCCAACGAGCCCAUGAAAGAGGUCAGCUUCAUCCAGACACCGCCCAUCACCUACGUCGGCAGCAGCUGUUCGACUGGCGAGUACUUCACCCUGGACGUCAAGAUAUCGAUCCUGUCCAGCCAGCAUCAGGGCAACCUGUUCUACCUUAUGUUGCACACGACUGACACUGCGGCCAAGCAUGCGCCCGGCCACGUGUACUUGUCGCACCCGAUACGAGUCGUGUCCAAAGUGGACCACAUCAAGAAGGACCCGAAUGGCAUGAUCGAGAAGAAGCAGACAUUCAUCGAUAUACUCACAGAGAGGUUCAGCAUACUAGAGAGAAUGUACAGCUCACAACAGAACAUCCUCACUUCGAUGUACCGAGAUCGUGACCUCGAGGGAGGCACAGCUGUGGCGUAUGAUGGCGAUGUGAAGGAGGAAGACUCACACAAUUCACCAUCACACUCUCGCUCAUCCUCUCCUCCAUCAUCCCCGCGCGAUGCUCAAGGCAAACAUCUCAAACGUCACAAGGUAAAGCAUCAUCCUGACGAGUCCUCAUCUUCUGCCGAUCAGCAGAUGAGGGUAGAGAAUGGCGGUGGUGGCACCAAGAAGAGUCGAGCCGAGAUGUUCCUGGACAGCUUCAACAAAGUGAUCAACUUGUAUAAGGAGGAGUAUAGCGCAGUUGAUCAAUCAUCCGGUGGUCAUCAGGACACAAAACAAGCUGCGCCCAGGUCAUUACAACUCGCAAGCCUCUUUGCCAGCCUGUCAACCGACGAGAAGUCUACUCUGCGAGACCUUUUGGAUGCAUUCACAUUCGAUGACACUAUUGUCAAACAUCAACAACACCAAUAUCAGCAACAACAACAUCAUCAACAUCAGUCACCAAUGUACCAGUCGUCGACAGCAUCCUCAUUCAACUUGGCAUCAGUCAAUCAUGAGACGACACAUUGUGGAUGUCCAGACUGUCCGUACAGGAAGCAGGCGGAACAAUUCAUGUUACUCUCACCGAUAAUGAUGCCAUCACCUUCACCUGCAUCAGUGGAAAUAUUGAUCACACCUCACGACUCUCCAUUGAUCUCACCAGACUUUGCUCCAGUCGUAUCCAAACACUCAUUAUACGAAUUGACCAUGGAGACCAUCACUGAGUGA